AUGCUAGACCGGAGAGAGAAUGUCGAGCCGUGUCAUAUCAACACCUGCGAAUGGAUCUUGGACUUAGAAAAGUACCAAUCCUGGAGAAACACAUCCCGUGGUCUACUUUGGAUUAAGGGCAAACCGGGUGCAGGAAAAUCGACAUUAAUGUUAUUCCUACACGGCAAACUCAGGAGUUCACAGAACGACAACCAUGGCAUUCAGCUUGACUUUUUCUUUACUGCCCGGGGUACAGAGAUGCAACGUACACCACUCGGCAUGUUUAGAUCUUUACUGAACCAAAUAUUUGAUCGCGAUGCGACCGUACGCGCCCAAGUACGCGAGGCCUAUGAACAACGGGACAGGCUGUUUGGACAGAGUGAGGGCAGGUGGGAAUGGGCACAACCGAUUUUAGAAGAGCUACUAGCGAGUGUCAUUCUGGCAGCCGCUAGUCGACAACAUGUGACCCUUUUUGUCGAUGCUCUGGAUGAGGCCGGAGCUGAGUCUGCUCAGCGACUCGCGGCUUAUUUCCAUCGACUGAUUGACCGAGCAAAACAAAAGGACGUGACUGUUCAAAUCUGCAUUUCAUGCCGACACUAUCCCAUCGUGGGAAGUGACCAGAUUCUGGAGAUAUAUGUUGAACAGCAUAAUCACCAAGACAUCGCGGCAUACAUCACGGAUACACUUGCCGGGGCAGAUGUCGAAGAAAACCUCAGCAAAGAGACGAAAGCGACGCUGAUGAAACAACUGAUUCAGCAAGCCAAUGGUAUUUUCCAAUGGGCUCGUCUCAUAGUUCCUGUUGCCCAAAAAAGGAUGUCUGAAGCGGAAUCGUUUGAUGAGAUCUGUCGCUGGUUGCGCGAGGUCCCGGCCGACCUCGAAGGUGUGUAUAUGCACAUUCUGAACGACGUGAUAGAAGCGCGGAACCUGGAGCAAUCAUUCCUACUGUUUCAAUGGGUAUGCCUGGCGGAGCGUCCGCUGUCUGUGAUUGAAAUGCGGUAUGCCUUGGCCGCUAAGAAUGCUCACAUCACCCGCACCACACAGAAAUGGGAGAGGAUCGAUGACUUUAUUGAAAGCGACAAGCGCAUGAAGGGAAGAAUCAAAGCCCUUUCUGGUGGAUUAGCAGAAGUCAUAUUGAGCAAGGGUGCGAGUGAGACUGUUCAGGUGGUUCACCAGUCAGUCAAUGAUUUCCUACGCGAGAAAGGGCUAGCUGCUUUAAGUGAUAAGAUCACCGCCAGCAGUGAAGUCCUACAAACAGAAGAAAUCCUUUCACGUUGUCAGGCAAAUCUUUACCGAUCUUGUCUUGUUUAUCUGGCCUUACAGCGUGUACGUGGAGACAUUCCAGUUGAUUACGGGGAGGCGAUACAAAGCCUUACCCAGGACCACCCAUUACUUGAUUACGCCACUACCAACCUCUUCAUUCAUGCGGAAAAGGCUGCUCAUUCGCGAGUGCUUAUUCUGCCUAACGAGCAAGAUGUUCUUCACCAAAUGAUAGAACAAUGGGUCCAAAAUUACCAGACUCUCCACCAUUACGAACUAACUUGCCCAGCCAGAGGCACUACAGUCAUCCAUAUGGCGGCAGCAGCAAAUCUUGUUGAUAUCAUCGAGCGGUUGCCUUUGAACAGUGACGACGUGACGAGGAAAGACGAAGACGGAAAUACACCUUUCCAUCUGGCAGCGCGGUACGGUCAGAUAAAAGCUGGAGGGUGUUUGCGUGAGAAAAUGGACAAUUCUGAUGAGCCAAAUGAUGACGGAACAACGCCAUUGAUUGAAGCAGCUAGCUACGGGCAUGCGGAAUUUGUCGAAUGGCUCCUGCUCGAAGGUGUAGAGCUUGAAGUUGAAAUGGGCAAGGGCGAAAGCGCUCUGUAUGGAGCUUCACGGGCAGGACAUCAGAAAGUUGUUGGAUUAUUGAUUGCAGCUGGCGCCGAUGUCAAUGCCCAAGGUGGUCAAUACGGCAAUGCCCUACAGGCUGCUUCAUACGGUAAAAGCAUUGAGAUGGUGCAAAUGCUGCUUGACGCCGGCGCCGAUGUCAAUAUCCAGGGUGGUCAAUACGGCAAUGCCCUACAGGCUGCUGCUGCAUCAUCCUUCAAAAGCAGUGAGAUUGUGACAAUGCUGCUUGACGCAGGUGCCGAUGUCAAUGCACAAGGUGGUCAAUACGGCAAUGCCCUACAGGCUGCUGCCGCUAAAUCCGACGAGACUGUGAUAAUGCUGCUUGACGCCGGCGCCGAUGUCAAUGCACAGGGUGGUCAAUACGGCAAUGCCCUACAGGCCGCUGCCGCUAAAUCCGAAAACAACGAAACUAUAAAAAUGCUGCUUGACGCCGGCGCCGAUGUCAAUGCACAGGGUGGUCAAUACGGCAAUGCCCUACAGGCCGCUGCCGUUAAAUCCGAAUAUAACGAGACUGUGAAAAUGCUGUUUGAUGUUGAUGUCGAUGUCAAUGCACAGGGUGGUGAACACAGCAAUAUCCUACAGACUACUGCUGCAUUUGAUAAAAACAAUAAGGCUGUAGUAAUGCUGCUUGACGCCGGCGCUAAUGUCAAUGCACAGGGUGGUCAAUACGGCAAUGCUCUACAGGCUGCUGCUGCUAUAUCCGAAAACAACAAGACUGUGAAAAUGCUGCUUGAUGCCGGCGCCGAUGUUAAUGCACAAGGUGGUGAAUACGGUAAUGCUUUACAGGCCGCUGCCGCUAGAUCCAAAAACAGCGAGACUGUGAAAAUGCUGCUUGACGCCGGUGCCGAUGUCAAUGCACAAGGAGGUCUAUGGGGUAAUCCUCUACGGGCUGCUGCUGCAUUCGAUAAAAGCAACAAGACUGUAAUAAUGCUGCUUGACGCCGGUGCUGAUGUCAAUAUACAAGGUGGUAAAUACAGAAGUGUUUUACAGACUGCUAUUGCUAAAUCCGAAAGCAAUGAGGUUGUGACAAUACUGCUUAACGCCGGUGCCGAUGUCAAUGCACAAAGUGGUCCCUAUGGUAAUGCCUUACAAACUGCUGCUGCAUUAUUCUCCAAAAACAGUGAGACUGUGAAAAUAUUACUUGAUGCCGGUGCCGAUGUUAAUGCACAAGGAGGACUAUACAGCAAUGCUCUACAGGCUGCUGCUGGUAUGUCCGAAAACAGCGAGACUGUGAAAAUAUUGCUGGACGCCGGCGCCGAUGUCAAUGCACAAGGAGGUCUAUUUGGCAAUGCUCUACAAGCUGCUGCUAGAUCCUACAAAAGCAAUGAGGCUGUGACAAUGCUGCUUGACGCCGGCGCCGAUGUCAAUGCACAAGGAGGUCACUUUGGCAAUGCUCUACAGGCUGCUGCUGUUGCUGUAAGGAUUGGAAGUAGGAAGACCGUGCAGACACUCAUUAACGCUGGUGCCGAUGUCAACGCUCGGGGUGGUAGAUUUGGAUCAUGUCUCUUGGCAAGUGUCCAUUACGGCCAUGCUGAUCAAGUUGAAAUGCUUCUUCACGCCGGCGCAAAUUUGUUGCUUGCAAAUAAACUUGAUCAGACUCCUCUCCAUGUUGCCGCCUUGAAUAAUAGGCUUGGCCUUCUCCGUCGAUUCCCAGGGCUCCUUUUGCCUAUCAAUAACCGGGACAAGCUUCAUCGAACUCCCCUUCAUCUGGCUGUUACCCUCGGUCAUGUCGAACUUGCCACAUAUCUCUUUCAAUUCGGUGCCGAUCCUUCUCUCCUCGAUGGUUAUGGCAGAAAUAUCCUGGACUGGGUAGUUGGGAAUGAAAGCCUAGUGCAUCAAAUCCGAGGCCACCACCCUUCAAUCGUUUUGACGUCUGACACUACUCAAGAGCUCGCUGUUCGCCGAUCAAUCCGUCAGAUCUCAGAUACUCUUCUUCAAUCUCAGCUAGACUACCCAUGGCCACUUUUGGAGCAGUUGGGUCGCUAUCUAUUGUUUGUCAACGAAUUAGACAAUGCGCGGUGUCUAUUUCAGCUGUAUCUGUCCCAGAUAGAUGCCAUUGACAUGCCUAUAUACGAGAUUGAGUGUGGCAAGUGUGAACUGCCUAUUCAUCGCUCUCGCUUUGUGUGCAGUAUCUGCGCCCAUAUGGAUCUAUGCCCGUACUGCGAACGGAAGUAUCGCUUCCACAGUCGAUUACACCCAAAUCAAGAGCAUAAGACCAUUGAAGUGCCAGAUGUGGAUGAUCGAAAGUAUCUGCUCUCUGCGUCAGCAUCUAAGGAAUUGAGAAGCAUUGUUGAUAAGUAUUCUGUGCCAAAAACCCACGGAAGUGGUGAGAGGCCAUCGCAUGGUUCCAUGUCUUGUCUGCCAUCCGAAUUCAUCAAUCCUGGAUCGACAGCUGCAGUUCCAAUGGCUUCACUACGCCCAAUUUCAGUGUUCCGCCUUCUUAUGCUUGGAAUUGUACCACUUUUGCUCAUUUACUUAUAUAGCUUGGUCUAA